AUGGCCGGCGGAGCCAAGAAACCAGUCAACAUCUUUCGCCUAAAAGAUCUCGGCGAGCCUAAGGAGGUCUUCAAUUGGCGAUUAUGGUUCGCGGUUAUCUCCUUUGGCCUCAUGGGUGCUGCCCGCGGUGUCGAUGAGGGUUUGAUCUCAGGCGCAUUCAACUCAAAGGACUUUCAAAAGUACAUCAACUACAGUUCAUACAGUGAGGUGGAACAAACCAACAUUAAGGGAAAUGUCACCGCCAUGGUUCAGAUUGGAUCUGUUGGAGGUGCUCUUUUCGCUUUCCUAGUCUGUGAUCGCAUCGGUCGUAUCUGGGCAACUCGCCAGCUUUGUAUCUUAUGGAUUAUUGGAAUCGCCAUCUUUAUGGGUAACGGUGGCAGUCUGGGUGCCGUCUAUGCUGGUCGUUUCAUCGCUGGUCUCGGCAUUGGUCAAACAGUCGUUGUGGCUCCAGUAUAUCUCGCCGAAAUCGCUCCGGCCUCCAUCCGUGGUCUCUGUACCUGUGUUUUUACUGGCUUUGUCUAUUUAGGCAUUGUCCUUGCGUACUUUGCCAACUAUGGAUGCGAGCUCAAUCUCGGCGACGCAACUCAUAACCGAUGGCUCGUUCCCACCAGUCUCCACAUCAUCUUUGCCGGACUGAUCUUCAUACUCUCCUUCGUUCAACACGAAUCCCCUCGUUAUCUAGUCAAACGCGGCCAGCUCGACAAGGCGAUCUCUAACCUCUCCAAGAUCCGCGGUCUCCCGGCCGAUGAUGACUACGUUGUACGCGAGAUCAGUGUUAUUCAAACAACUCAUGAAGCUGAGAUGGAGGCUACCAUGGGCUCUGGCCCGAUCGGUGUUCUCAAAGAGACCUUCCUGGUUCCAUCCAACCUCUACCGUGUCUACCUUACAUUCAUGGCUCAGCUUCUAUCACAAUGGUCCGGUGCUGGUAGUAUCACCGUUUAUGCCCCGGAUUUGUUCAAGUUGCUCGGAGUCACAGGAAAGAACGAAAGUCUCUUGGUCACUGCUGUGUUUGGAAUCAUUAAAUUGGUCGCCGCCGUUCUCUGCGCUCUAUUCUUGGUCGAUGUCAUUGGACGCAAGCGCGCCCUCCUUCUUGGCAUCACUCUGCAGGGGAUUGCCAUGGUUUACAUCGCUGGCUUUUUGACUGCCGUUCCUGGUAUGGGGGUGGAUGAUGGCUUUGUUCUACCAGAGAGCAAAAAGGGGGCAAGUGAAGGAGCGAUUGCAAUGAUCUACGUUUCUGGAUUCGGAUGGGCUCUGGGCUGGAAUUCCAUGCAGUAUCUCUUGACUGCAGAGCUCUUUCCUCUUCGCAUCCGUGCUCUUUGCACAUCCAUGGCCAUGACCCUUCACUUUGCCAACCAGUACGGCAAUGCGCGUGCAGUACCUAACAUGCUUCUUCCCGUGGCUAAGGGUGGAAUUGAUCCCAAGGGUACUUUCUGGUGCUUUGCUGCCAUCACUAUUCUUGGCGGUAUUUGGGUAUGGUUCAGUAUUCCCGAGACGGCUGGCCGCUCGCUAGAGAGUAUGGAUCGUCUCUUUGCGCUGCCAUGGUACAAGAUUGGCCGGUACGGCAACAAGGAUGCCGAUGAGCGGGACCAGUUUGUGGAUGAGAAGAUGGAGAUGGCGACACAGGUUCAUGGCACAGCCCAACAUGUUGAAAGAUCAGAUCCCUCGGCUCGGGUCUAG